UCGGGUGUUUCUUAAAGCCUGUGUCACAUGAUCCUGAUGUCAGUCUAUACUGUAGUGGCGCUGAUGAACUGUGAAACCGAGAUAAUUUAACCUCAGCAGCGACCAGGAGUCAACGGGAAAAGUUUAAACUUGUUACCAGAAACGUUAGUUGUUGUGCCACCAAAAAACCCACGUUAUUAUCUGAAGAAAUCAGCGCUUGACUUUUAUUCUGCCUCUAGUGUUGUUGUGACGCUAACGUUAGCCGAGCUAGCACAACAUCUGCUAAGCUAGCUGAGCAGCCUCGUCCCGGCUGUUGUUUUUGUCCUGACGGAGAGAAGAAAGCGGAGAAACAUGACCCAGAUCGGUGCUGUUCAGUCAUGGUGGCUGGGAGUAACGUUACAGCUUGUUUUAGCUGCUGUCCUGCUCCCGGGUUUUACUGCUGCCCAAACCACUGCUGAACCGCAAAAAGACCCUGGCAGACCUGAGAAGGGAACCUAUGUGGUCACCAACAGCAACGGUACCACCUGUCUAAUGGCGUCCAUGGGUCUUCAGCUCAACGUCACCUUCAGCUCUGUCUCUCAGAACAAGACCAUGCAGGACAUUAUUAACCUCCAGCCCAAUGUGACAAAGCGCUCUGGAUCAUGUGGCCAAGACAGCGCCUCCCUGCAGCUGUCCACAGAUGCAGAGAAGACCAACCUCACCUUUUUAUUCACACUAAACACUACCUCCAACAAAUACCACCUGAGUGAAGUGACUCUUUCGGCGGUCUUGCCAGACAUGAAAGAGCCCUUCUUAGCCCAUAACAGCACUCUGGACUACCUGCGUGGCACCAUGGGGUUCUCGUACAUGUGCCGCGAGGAACAAACGCUGAAAGUGGUCCAGAAUUUGUCCAUCAACACUUUCCAGCUGCAGGUGCAGCCCUUCGGCCUCUCCGGAGAUCAGUUUGGAACAGCUGAGGAGUGCCAGCUGGAUGAAGACGACAUGUUGAUCCCCAUCAUAGUCGGAGCAGCUUUAGCGGGUCUGGUGCUCAUCGUGCUCUUGGCCUACCUCAUCGGCAGGAAGAGGAGCCACGCCGGCUACCAGACCAUCUGAGGUCACUUUUCACUCUCAUGUUCCCAGAGGCCCGAACGCUCUGUCCCACCCUUGAGAUUAACCACUGUUAUAUGAGACUUAACACUCCGCCCUGUCCCCCCCUCUGUCCCUCCAUCCUUCAUCCUUGCUGCCUCUGUGUGUGCUGUUCUCUGCCCUCAUCAGUAACACUAGUCUUUAUCACUUUGUGGAGGUUGAUAUGCUCUUUCUGAACUGACCUGCUCAUUCGUAAAAAAAUAAGGGGCUUUGUUUGGGGAUUGUGAUGUAAUGAGGAAGAAAAACCUACUGGUACUGUGUAAAGCAGGGGGUGGACGUUGAUCAGAGGGUCCAUGAGAGUUCUCUAACUGUAAUGUACUAUUUAUGAUUUCUGUGAAAGGAAUUUUGAGGGAUUAUGGGAUUUGAGGGAAUUGUAGCUUUUCUUAUUGUUUAUCAGCUUUAUGGUGGCUAUUUGUAGUGGUCUUACCAUAAAUGAGGUUUGUUACACAAAAAGGGAAUAUUUCUGGCAGUUUAACUUGAUCCACUUUAGACAGUUUUUAAAUUGCAACUAGGGCUGCAACUAACAACCUUUUUCAUUGUGGAUCAAUCAAGAAGAUAACAGAUUAAUCGAUUAGUUGUUUGGUCUCUAUAAUGUCAGAAAAUAAAGAAAAAUCUCGAUCAUAGUUUGCCAAAGCCCAAGUACUCAGAUUCUUGUUUUGUCCACAAAGCAAAGAUAAUUCAGUUUAUUGUCACAUUAAAGAAAGCGGAAAAAUACUCACAUUUAAGAAGCUGGAGUUAGAGAAAUUACUUUUUCUGUCUUGAAAAAUUGAAACAGUUGGCGAUUCAUUUAAUAAAUGACUAAUCAA